AAUGAGUCCAAAAACUAAUAUUCCUUUGAUCAAUUUGACUUAGAUAAUAGUAGGGAUUGUUGCAUUUUCAUAAGGAGUAUAACAUUUAGCAGAUUUGUCUAUUUAAUAUUUAUACAAAGAUGAUUUUCAUGUAUCACCUAGUAAAAUGGGAGUAUUUGUUGGAUUAACAUAAUUACCAUGGUAUAUUUAUUCAUUUAUUAUAUUUAGGAUAAUUAAGCCUAUUUGGGGAAUUAUAUGUGAUUCUUUUCCAAUUUUAGGUUCCAAAAGAAAAGCAUAUAUUGUAUUUUGUGGUUUUUUAAGUUUCAUUGGAUGGCAAUUAAUGGCAUAUGUUGGAGUUGAUAAUGUUUAUGUGGCUGUUUCUUUACUUAUUAUGAUAUCAUCAUCUGUUUGUAUCUGCAAUGUAGUUGGAGGUAACAAUAUAUUGAACUGUAGAGGCUUUAAUGGUUGAAUAAUGUGCAAAUGAUCAUGCAGCUAAUAAUGUAUCAGUGUUCUUUGGGUUCAAAGCUGCAGGUGGAUUAAUUAGUGCAUAUUUUUCAGGGAUGUUACUUAUGUAUUUAACUAAAAAAUAAAGUAUUUUUUUAAAUCAUAACUAGUAUUCAUGAUUAAUAGUAUAUUCCCAUUAACAAUGGCAUUACUUUCAUUGAAAUUAAAAGAGACUCAAUAAACUCAAUAAUCAUAAAAUAUAAAGGAAGUUUUGAGUAUUUUUUGGACAUUCUUUUCUAAUCCUAAAAUUUAUUAGUAAUUGUUUAAACUAAUUUAAGAGACCUGUAUUGUUAAUUUUAGCAUUCAUGAUGGUACCUUCAAGUAGUUCAAUAAUGUUUUAUUUUUAUACUGAAGUUUUGCAUUUCACUCCAAAAUUCAUGGGAUAUCUAAAAUUUAUUAGUUGUUUAGGGACACUUCUAGCAAUUUUAUUAUAUAGAAAUUACUUAAAGGAUGUAGAAUUUAAAUAGAUAUUUCUUACAACUACAAUUAUAUUCUUCUUUUGUUAUCUAUCAACAAUACCAUUGGUUACUAGAAUGAAUUUGCAAUGGGGAAUAGAUGAUAGAUUUUUUUGUUUAGGUGAUUCUGUUAUUUUAUAAUUUAUUGGAGAAUUGAAUUUGUUACCUAUAUUAGUAUAUGCAUGCAAAAUAUGUCCUAAAAAUAUAGAAGCUACAAUGUAUGCUAUGCUUAUGGCUACAAUGAAUUUAGGAACUUUUGCAGGAGGAUAAUUAGGUAAUUUAAUCUUAUAUGAAAUGGGAAUUAAUUAAUAAGAUUAUUCUAAGUUAUAUAUUUUUAUUGCUCUAUCAAGUCUUUUUAUCAUUUUACCUUUACCAUGGAUUCAUUUAAUUAAUGAAAAGAAAAUACCAGUUGAAUAAGAAAUAUAAUAUCCAUAGAUAUAAGACAUUGAAGAGAAAGAAAAACUGAUUGCUGAUGCAGAAUGA